CUUUUUUCUUUUCAUCUUUUAUUUUAUAUAUCUACUUUUUUUUUAAAAUAAAAUAAAAAUGACUGUUGAAAUUGCUACAACUGAUGAUAAAGUCUAUCCUGUACCAAAAAGAUUAUUUAAAGAUGAUCUUCCAAAGCCUUUUAUUUCUAGCUUUCAAGAAUAUAAAACUAAAUGGGAAGAAAGUGUAAAUGAUCCAAAUAAAUUCUUUGGCAAUCUUGCUCGUGAAUUGUUGUCUUGGUCAAAGCCGUUUGAAACAGUUCAGACUGGAAGCUUUGCUGAAGGGGAUAUUGCUUGGUUUUUAGAAGGUGAAUUAAAUGUAGCUUUUAAUUGUGUUGAUCGACAUGCAUUAACUACUCCGGAUAAGGUCGCUAUUAUUCAUGAAGGGGAUGAGCCUGAAAAUGUGCGUAAGAUUACUUAUCGCGAGUUAUUACAACAAGUAAGUCGGGUUGCGAAUGUCUUAAAGUCAUUGGAUGUACGUAAAGGAGAUAAUGUAGCCAUCUAUAUGCCCAUGGUCCCUGAAGCCGUCUUUGCCAUGUUGGCAUGUGCUCGUAUUGGUGCUGUACAUUCAGUUGUCUUUGCUGGUUUCUCCUCUGAUUCACUUCGUGAUCGAAUCAAUGAUUGUGGUGCUCGUGUAGUCAUGACUGCAGAUGAAGGUCGUCGUGGUGGUAAAAACAUUGCGACGAAACGUAUUGUAGAUGAGGCUCUUAAGGCGACUCCUACAGUAGAACAUGUUCUUGUCUUGAGACGUACAGGAUCUGCCAUUCCUUUUACUGUCGGUCGUGAUCUUUGGUGGCAUGAAGAAAUGGUCAAAGCUCGACCUUAUUGCCCUCCAGUCAAUAUGAAUGCAGAAGAUCCUUUAUUUUUACUUUAUACAUCCGGCUCCACAGGUACACCUAAGGGUGUUGUCCAUACUACGGGUGGGUAUCUUUUAGGUGCUGCAUCAACAAUAAAAUAUGUAUUUGAUUACCAUGAAGGAGAUAUUCAUGCAUGUAUGGCAGAUGUUGGAUGGAUUACUGGUCAUACUUAUAUUGUUUAUGGACCACUCGCUUUAGGUGCCACAACAGUGUUGUUUGAAAGUACACCUACUUACCCUAAUCCUGCUCGUUUCUGGAGUGUAGUUGAGAAACAUAAAGUCACACAAUUCUAUACUGCACCCACGGCCAUUCGUGCCCUUAGACGAUUAGGUGAUGAAUGGGUACAAAAAAAUGAUCUUUCUUCAUUACGAGUGAUUGGCUCAGUAGGUGAACCGAUUAACCCUGAAGCCUGGGAAUGGUAUAAUGAAAAAGUAGGCAAAGGACAAUGUGCGGUGGUAGAUACCUAUUGGCAAACAGAGACAGGAUCUAUCGUGAUCACUCCUUUACCUGGUGCUAUUGCAUCAAAACCAGGAUCUGCUACUUUCCCUUUCUUUGGUAUUAAGCCUGCUAUUUUGGACCCUGUAAGUGGUAAAGAAUUAAAAGGAAAUGAUGUUACAGGUGUUUUGGCUAUUAGUCAACCUUGGCCCUCAUUAGCACGUUCUGUAUAUAAUAAUCAUCAUCGAUAUCUUGAUACCUAUUUGCAUCAAUAUAAAGGAUACUAUUUUACUGGUGAUGGUGCUACAAGAGAUAAAGAUGGUUAUAUUUGGAUUCGUGGUCGUGUAGAUGAUGUUAUUAAUGUUUCUGGACAUCGACUUUCUACAUCUGAAAUUGAAUCAGCUUUAAUCUUACAUCACUCAGUCGCAGAAGCAGCCGUUGUUGGAGGACAAGAUGAUUUAACAGGUCAAUGCAUUCAUGCUUAUGCAACUUUGAAACCUAAUAUUGAAGAUUCAGAAGGACUAGAUAGAGAAUUAGCUCUUCAAGUUAGAAAAGUCAUUGGACCUUUUGCUACUCCUAAACGAAUCUAUGUCGUUAAUGACUUGCCAAAGACACGUUCUGGAAAGAUUAUGCGUCGUAUUCUUCGAAAGAUUGUGAAUGGAGAGCAAGAUUCAUUAGGUGAUAUUUCAACCUUGGCUGAGCCUGCUAUUGUUCCUCAUCUGAUUGAACGUGUUCAUGGAAAGAAAAAAUAAGCAUCUAUUACAAAUAUUUUCUUAAAAUAGCAUAUGUAUGUAUUACAUAAAGAAAUAAAGAUCUUAAAAAUAUAUGGGAAAAAUAA